UCAACAGCAAAUCAUCCACAAACACCAGCAGAUUCUGUUUUGAUUGUCUCCUGUCGUGUAAAUCUAUCACUAGUAAGUGUGCAACUUGCACUCCCUUCCUCAGGUCUGUCACCAGAGGAUGUUCUUGCCCCGACUUUGUACCACGGCUACUACAUCAGGCCGCGAAUCAACAAGCAGCUGGACCGGGGCUUCUCGGAGAUCGCCACCAGCGACCACAAGUUCCAGGUGUUGCUGGACGUCUGCCAGUUCCUGCCGGACGAGCUGUCCGUCCGCACGGUGGACAACCUGCUGGAGGUGGCCGGGAGCCACCCGCAGAAGCUGGACGGUCACGGCUUCGUCUCCCGCCAGUUCCGGCGCACCUACGUCCUCCCACUGGACGUGGACCCCCUGCUGGUCCGGGCCUCCCUGUCCCACGACGGCGUCCUGUGCCUGGAGGCGCCGAGGGAGGGGGGGGCGGCCCAGCCCAGAGUCCGCAGCGUGGAGAUCGGCCUGCCCCCGACGGAGGGAGGGCCUGGAGCCGGGAUUCGGGAGGGGGAGCCGGCUCUCGGGGCGAGGAGAGAUCACUGACCCGCUACCUCCGUCCAGCCCGUUCGUCACGUGUGCUUUGAUAAGUAAGGCUGACUGUACGCCUGUGAUCCCGGGACGUCCACGUCACCAGUUGCAGCCCUGAGGGUCAGUCCCCUCGCCGGCCUGCUCAGUAAGCCCCACAUCGGCCCGCCGGUGUUCCACAGACUCCGAAAAUGCGAAAAAAGGAGGAUUGAUUUUUUAAAAGUUAUCGCCAGAAUCGGGUUUAAUAUCACCGGCACACGUCGGGGAAUUUGUCGUCUUGCAGUACAUUAAAAUAUUCAGCUACUGUGAACUACAGUAGGUAUUUAUGUGUAAAGGAGCCACAUUAAAUCACUUGUCCAACAAAAGUAGUGAGGGAGUGUUCGCCGGUUCAACGUCCAUUCAGAAAUCGGAUGGCGGAGGGGAAGAGGCUGUUCCUGAAUCGCUGAGUGUGUGUCUUCAGGCUCCUGUACCUCCUCCCUGAUGGCGGAGGGGAAGAAGCUGUUCCUGAAUCGCUGAGUGUGUGUCUUCAGGCUCCUGUAACCUCCUCCCUGAUGGCGGAGGGGAAGAAGCUGUUCCUGAAUCGCUGAGUGUGUGUCUUCAGGCUCCUGUACCUCCUCCCUGAUGGCGGAGGGGAAGAAGCUGUUCCUGAAUCGCUGAGUGUGU